AUGGACUGGAGCUCCGUGUACGAGAACAACGGCGAGGAAGACGGUAAUUGGGAGAAUCAUGGUGAAACACGAUCUUCUCGUAAUGCUCAUCGUCUACUACAUCGUCAGACAUCGCUUCCUCUUCCUAAACAGCAGAUCUCAAACGCCCAAUACUCGCCCUAUGUGGCCUAUGCGUUUACUGUUAAUUAUAUACUAGGGGUAGGGUCAUUAGGGAUUCCCUAUGCAUUUUAUCGUGCUGGUUUACUUAUGGGCAACAUUAUGAUUGUACUUGUUACUCUAUUAUCCUACAUGACUGUGAUGUGGAUCUGUGAGACUGUUGCAAGAGCUCGAGAGGCUUUUGUCUUGAAUUUUCAUUUGGAUGAGACAUCGGCACUUACGUCCUUUACUACUUCAUCUACUACUUUAACUUAUAAACAAGCCACUGUCACUCUAGAAUAUGAAGACUUUCCUGAAGUUACUCAGCUCUGUAAUAGGUUUCUAGGACCAAUAGGCUCCAAGAUGUACCAGAUUUGUCUUCUAGGUCUCAUGUAUGGAGGUUUAGUAGGUUACAGCCAAGUAUUUGUCAACACGUUCUUGACUCAAGUGGACCAUAUUGGAGAUUGGCAGCUCUCUAGUGUACAUGCAGCUAUUGUCUUUGCCUGUAUCGUUCUGCCGUUGUCAUGCUCAGACCUGACGGAGCAAAUCUACGUCCAAUUGGUCAUGUCAGUCGUACGUUUUGCGGCAUUGCUGAUUAUGAUUAUCAGUGCCGUGUAUGCGGUGUAUGGAGAUCCGUAUGACGGUGGGGCGAAAUUCACGGACAAUCUAGAGCCACCAUACAUGAGUGACUACUCGCUCGUGGACAUGAGCGGAUUUGGUGUCAUGUUUAGCACAAGUGUGUUCUCUCAGUUGUUCCAGCAUUCUGUACCGGGUUUAUUGGCUCCACUUGGUGCGAGGAAUCAAGAGAAAGCAAAGGCAAUUUUUGGAAGUACCCUGCUUACUACCAUGAUGUUUUAUAUUGCCUUGGGAUCAGUGAGCUCGCUGUAUUUUGGUCCAAAGUUGGCAACGAGCGUGAAUCUAAACUGGGCGGAUUUUACGUGGGGAAUUGACGAUUCAAUGACACUUGUGCCGUUAUGGGCAAAGCUUCUAUCAAUGAUUGUCGUGGUAUUUCCCGCUCUUGAUACUUUGAGUGUGUUUCCUCUCAUUUGUGUAACGCUUGGUGACAAUAUGGCCGCUGUUGUGCCAAAAAGAUGGACUCGAGGUGGAAGAAAAUCGUCCUGGAAGCUUUUGUGUCGAUUUGGUGCAGCCUUGCCGCCACUCUUGAUAUCGAUGUUCGUGUCAGAUUUGUCAGUCACACUUCAAAUUAGUGGACUGAUGGGAAUUUACGUGGCCUUCUUUGCACCCGCGUUGUUGCAAUUGCAAGCGCGUCGGGAAAUUCCAAACAGCAACGUUUACAGCGGCAUGUUUAGUGGAACGGCAUAUGUAUACGGCGUGUUGGUGUUCGGCACACUGGCACUGUUAGUUCUGCUCUAUCAGUUAGUGCUUCAGAUCACGAUGGGAUAA